AUUGUGGUGAUGAACAGUGAUUAUUUUGUAGAGGAAAACAACAAAUAAAUAAAUAAAACUAUCUUCAGACAUCUCUCACUCUCUCCUCACACAUACUCUCUGGUUCACUCUCUUUCUCUCAUGGCAACUUCUUUAGCACCUUUCUCCAUUUCAGGAGGAUCUCAUAUGAAGUCAGGUGAGCUGUUGUUAACAAGGCGUUACUCAUGUGGAUUUGGACCUAAGGUCACGGUUCAAAGAAGAUCAAACCUUUUGAUCAAGAAGAAUAACCGCUCUUCAUCAAUUUCUGCUGAAUACCGUGAUAAUGGAGGAGGUGGAGGUGGGGAUUUUCUUGCUGGCUUUCUUCUGGGUGGUGCAGUAUUUGGAACUGUAGCUUAUAUCUUUGCUCCCCAGAUUAGAAGAUCUCUGCUGAAUGAAGAUGAGUAUGGGUUUCGCAAGGCAAAAAGACCAAUAUAUUACGAUGAAGGGUUAGAGAGGACCAAGCAGACCUUAAACGAGAAGAUAAGCCAACUAAAUUCUGCCAUUGAUAAUGUAUCUUCCCGUUUGAGAGGUGGCAAUAACGUGCCUGCUUCAAAGAUAGAAAGUGAUCCUGAGGUGGAAGCAACUAUGUGAAACGCAUUCAGUUUGAUGUUGUGGUCAAAUGAUGUUUUAAAUUCGUGAACUAUAACGAAUUGAAAUUCGAUGUUGUUUUCACGGAUUGUUGAACCAAUAUAGUUUUUCCUUAUGCUGAACUAAUAUAGAUAAAGCUGUCAAAUUUUAACUUUUGCACCCCUUUGGUAAUGGAUCAUUUUUGUUUCUGUUCA